UUAUCACUGAAAAAGCAAAACAAAGAUUAAUCAUCGUCAAAUUCGAAUUUGCGAAGCAGAUUUAAUUUUUCUUCGUAAUUAUUUCGCGUAUUGUUUAGCGAUAAUUCAAUUUCCGUCGAAGUGAGUUUAUUCAUCUGUUAUAACUCAACACAGCUUAGAUUUCAGCCAUGAAUAGAAUAUUCGGAAAAGCCAAAGAGAAGGUGCCACCUCCGAAUUUAACGGAUGUCAUCACAGGGGUGGAUGGCAGAGCUGAUAACAUAGAACAAAAAAUAUCGAAAUUGGACGUCGAAUUGAAAAAGUACAAAGAUCAAAUGGUUAAGAUGAGAGAAGGACCUGCGAAGAAUGCUAUCAAACAAAAAGCUUUGAGGGUUUUGAAACAGAGAAAAAUGUACGAAAACCAGUCUGUUAGUUUGAGAAAUCAAGCGUUCAACAUGGAACAAGCGAAUUACGCCGUUCAGUCGCUGAAAGACACACAAUCGACCGUGGCUGCGAUGAAAACUGGCGUUAAACAAAUGCAGAAAGAAUUCAAGAAUAUUAAAAUCGACGAUAUCGAGGAUAUUCAAGAUGAAAUGGCUGACAUGUUAGAACAAGCCGAUGAAGUGCAAGAAGCAUUAGGACGUUCGUACGGUAUGCCAGAAAUCGACGACGACGAAUUAGCCGCAGAAUUAGACGCCUUAGGCGACGAAAUCGCUUUGGAUAACGAUACCUCUUAUUUGGAUGAAAUUAAAACGCCGUCCGCACCGAGCAGAGAGCCAGGAGCUGAUAGCAUAACCAACAAGGACGACGUAGCGGUUGACGAAUUUGGCCUUCCAAAGUUAACAGCGUAACUGUACUGUGAUCUGUACCAAGCGUUUUCUAAUGUAAAUUUUUACGAAGCUUAUUUUUUCAUUAUUACUUACCUAUGUUUACCAAAAAUGGCGAAUAAUUACCUAUACAACGGAAAAAGAAACAGGAAACGAUUCGCUUGCGCUGCGAAAUGUAAACGAACGUAGCGUCUGGUUAAAUCAUAAGUCAUUUUGCUGUAGAAUACUCUGAAAUAUGGUUCUGAUUGGCUAAUUUUUCCACGAAAUUAUGUCAACGCGUUCGCAACUCGCUUGUGAGAGAACACGAAGAAUCCGUUUUGGUUGUAAAUAUUUCUUAGAAUAGGCUUAUGAUAAAAGGACAACAAGCGUUCGUGUACUUUUUACAUUCUUAUUUCAUGUUCUUACGUAAUACACGUACAUAUUUUGUAUCGCACUCAUCAUAAGCGUUUUUGUGUACUUUUACUUUACUUAUAUUUUUUCAAAUUACAAAUACGAGCGUGUUUCGAAA